AUGGCUAACGCCACUACUUGGGAUGACUUCAAGGAGCUAAUGCGAGAGGAGCCUUGUCCUCGAGAUGAAAUUCAGAAACUUGAAACCGAGUACUAUGAUUUGAAGAUGGAAGGGUCUGAGAUCGAGGCUUACACGAAACAAUCUCAUGAACUAGCAAUUUUGUGCCCUAAUCUGUCUCGACCUCCACCUCGAAGAAUUGAACUAUACAUCAAGGGCCUAGCUCCAUCGAUAAAGAGUUUGGUCACUACUGCAAAGCUCAACAAUCUGCCUACGAUCAUCCGUUUAGCACACAAGAUUAUUGACCAAGAGGUCGAGCAUGGUGCGUUACCGCCACGUGUUUCUGCUACUACCCCUACUGCUACGUUGAAUCAGAAUGUCAACGACAACAACAAUAGCCAGAAUAACAACAACAAUGCUGGGAACAACAACAAUGGCAAUAAUGAGGGCAAUGGUGCUCGUGGAAGAGUAUUUACGAUCGGUGCUGGUGAUGCUAGGAACGACGGAAAUGUCGUGACUGGUACGUUUUCUGUGAACAACCUCUUUACUUUUGUAUUAUUUGAUUUCGGUGCUGAUUGGAGUUAUGUGUCCCUUGAGUUCAGUCAACGAUUAGGGUUAGCAACAACACCUCUAGAAGCUAAGCAUGUAGUAGAGUUAGCCGAUGAUCUUGUGGGUCAAGUGUUUGAAAUUGACCUCCUUCCUGUUACCCUUGGUAGUUUUGAUAUAGUGGUUAGUAUGGAUUGGUUGUCUAUGCAUCAAGUGGAAAUUCUCUGUAAAGAGAAAACCGCGCAGAAGUGUCUACGAAAAGGGUAUCCUGCUAUUCUAGCACUUGUUACUGACACUCCGUCAGAAGAAAGAAGGCUCGAAGACCUGCCAGUUGUUCGUGAGUUUUCUGAUGUAUUUCCUGAGGAACUACCUGGUUUACCUCCUUACCGCCAAGUGGAAUUUCAGAUUGAUCUUGUGCCAGGAGUGGCCCCAAUUGCUCAAGCUCCUUAUCAUUUUGUACCUGGAGAGUUGCAAGAGAUAUCCAAUCAACUUCAAGAGCUGUUGGAUAGAGGCUUUAUCUGA